AUGAGUGAAGGGAAUGUAGAUACCCUGCCGGAUGAGGUACAGGAUCUGCUGGAGUAUCUAAAAGAAGGAAGUACAAAAUUCCAGCAAUAUUUAGAGCAGUUGAAAGAGUACCUAAACAAGGAUCGAAUCAAAAACACAAACAUCUUAGUGGAGUAUAUUCUAAAGAAUAUACAUGUGCGUGAUUUUCAGAAAAAUGCAUGCUACUUCUUAGCAGAUGUAAUAGUAUACAUUCAAAGUGUAAAUAAAAUUCCAAAGAAAGAUGAGCUGGAUUGUGUAGAUGUAGGACUUAUGUUGCAUAAGCAUGAAGAGAAAAAAAAAUGGGUCGAUGAGGAUUAUGACGAGGUAUAUCCUCAGUAUAGAAUAAAAAUUCAGGAUGAUAAAUUAAAAAGAUUUAAUACAAAGGAUUACAGAAAGGAUCUCAUAAGGACAUGCACAAAGAAUGUAAAUUAUAUGGAACUAAUGUAUGUCCUCAGUAGGAAUGUGUCCCCAAGAAAUGGUUACGUUUUGUUCAAUAACAUUUUGCAUAAUUCCGAGAUCAGCUAUCGUUAUAAAUUAUUAUCCUUAGAGUACUUUGCACAUGUAGUAAACAAAAUAGCUCUGGAAAGAGCAAAAUAUAUAGCGCAGAUGCUUCCCUUAGUCUUGGGAAAAUUCUACAGCAUAGAAGGAAAACCAUACUACAACGAUAAUGUCACCAGCAUAGAUGUGUUAAUUUCUAUGUGUAAGUUUUCUAAUGUCCUCUGUGAUGAAUCGAUUAAAACACAGGAAGACGAUAAGCAGGACGUGGCUCUACACUCAAUCAUAGCCUUUAUUAUGAAAAUCAUAAGCUAUCACAAUGCAGAAUUACCAAUAAAUAAAAACAUAGAAAGGAUGGUAAAAUACAUUCAUUACGACCAUUUGGAGUAUCAGAAAUGUGUGGAAAUUUACUCCAAGUUAUCGUCAAAUGUAUAUCAGGAUAGGAGAGAAAAAAUGGUGAAAGAUUGCCUAUCAGGUCUCAUAUGGAGACUAAGUAUAAUUAACUCAAACAUCCCACGUCUUUUAGAACAUGUCAAUAUAUUAAUGCCAAAUGCAAAAGCCUGUGCUCUGGAAAAUUCUACCUUAGAAAUUUCCAUCCUCUGUUACCUCAUAUUUGUAGAAAAAAUAAAUGAAUUGUCCUUCCCGAAAAUUUACUCAGAGUUGUAUCUCUUUAAUUUGAUGAUUCGAAAUAGUUACAAUUUACUUCUAUGCAUUCCAGAAGCAGAUGAGGACGUUAAAAAUAAUUUGUUAAUCAAAGCUUAUCACCUCAUUUGCCUUUCUGCUGUCUUAUCCAACAUUAUUCAAAGGAGAGAUGGAGCAGUGUUUUCUAAUAUUUACAACUUCAGAUGGAGACCCUUGGAAUUUUUAAAAACUGUACAUCGCACCAUUCAUGAUCAUAAGACUUACAAAACGUAUUCCAAGACCAUAUACAAUGCUGUGUGUAUUAUAAUGAGGAAUUUUAAAUGGGAUAUGUUGUACUCACUAUAUUACAAGCUGCUUAAUGAACCCAUACCAGAUAACACCAGAAGUGUAAUUGCCUCAUUCUUAAAGGAUGAAAUGCACAAGCAAAUGGUGCGUGUCGUUAAAAAGGCAGAUGCGAUAAAACAGGAUUUUCAAAAAAAUGAAGAAUUUGAAAAUGAACUAAACCAAGCUAUCCAAGCGCAGAAAAAUAAAUCAUGUACUGCGGUUAUCCCUCCUGGAGAUAAUACAAAAUUAGAAAAAAUAAAACAAGUGGCUGAAGAAAUAAAUAAAUUGGGCACACAAGUCAAAAAUAUUGUCUACGUCCUCAUAAGUGAAGAAUCCGUACUCCUCAACGUUGACGCCAUCACCGUCGUGCUGAAUAUUAUCAAAAUGAUAUUAUUGAAUAAAAAAUUAAAACCCUUUUACAAUUUCAUUAUCAAUUUUGAACAACCCUCUGCUUGUUUUGUGCAAAGCAAAAUUAAACAUUUUUACACCCAAAUUAAGUUGGAGAAAGCUAUACUAGAAAGGGAAAAGAAGGAGGAUGCCAAUUCCGUUUUGUACACCAACAUGAAUGGAUACUCACGUGGUCGCGGACCUGACCAGCAAGGGGUGACAUACCAGGAUACGGAUGUUAGCAUGAAUGAGAUGGAGAUCGUCCUUAUGCUUUUGGGGGACGUGGAAGAGUGCGUUAACAGCAUCAAAGCGUCCUAG